GUGAUCAUUCCAAGCGCGGGCGUUUGAAGUCAACAGCGGCUGCUGGCUGAUCAUGAGCGUCAACAUCUGUAAUAUCCGAGGAGAUUAUUGAAGUUUGUGCGAUGUUCUGGAGGCAAACGGACGCAGUUGUCCUCUCGCUUUCAAGAUGGCGGAGCCUUCGUCUGGCGGGAGACGCGACUGGGAUCAGCUGGAGCUUCACCCUCGGAUCCGAGCCGCAGUGAGCCGAGCCAGGAUCUCGUCCGUCCAGGAAAUCUUGUGCUCUUCUGAGCUGGAGCUACAGAAGGCCACCGGCCUGUCUCGCUCAGACGUCCAGUGCCUUCUUCUCGCUGCAGCAUCAGCCUGCAGGCACCACCCCCCUACCCCAGUGAACCUUCUUGAUCUUGAGAAGUGCAAGUGGUUGGAUGGUGACCUCAGGCUAAGUUUGGGAUGUCCUCUGCUGGACCAGCUGCUGAGGGGGGGUCUGCCUGUAGGGGGCAUCACCGAGCUGGCGGGAGAGAGCGGCGCCGGGAAGACCCAGCUGGCACUGCAGCUCUGCCUUUCCGUCCAGUUCCCCCGCCAACAUGGCGGCCUGAGUUCAGGAGCCGUCUUCAUCUCCACCGAGGACAGCUUCCCCAGCAAGCGUCUCCAGCAGCUGAUCGUAGGGCAGCGCUGCCUGCGCCAGGACGUCCCUGAAGAGCUGGUCAGAAGUCUGCGCUUCAGCGACAACAUCUACGUGGAGCACGCUGCAGACCUGGCGGCUCUGCAGAAGUGCCUCACCCAGCGAGUCCCCCUGCUGCUGGCUCGUGGAACCGUCCGCCUCCUGGUCGUGGACUCGGUGGCGGCACUCUUCAGGUGUGAGUUUGAAGCCGACGACUGGGUGAACAGAGCGAGGGAGCUGACGGGUCUGUCGUCCACGCUGAGGCACCUGAGUGACCAGUUCGGAGCCGCUGUGCUGUGCAUCAACCAGGUGACGGACGUCUUCAGCUCUGACGGCAGUUUGGGCCCCCUGUCCUCCGGCGUGGCCCCGGCUCUGGGACUCACCUGGGCCAACAUGGUCACGAUCCGCCUCAUGAUGCACCGACUGAGGGAGCAGGUGAGCCAGAGCGGACAGUGUAGCGCCCUCCGCAGGCUGGAGGUGGUGUUUGCUCCUCACCUGGCAAGGGACGGAUGCCACGUGGCUGUCUGGAUGGAGGGAGUCCGAGGAGUCCAGAGACCUGAGUCCUCAUGAGCUGGCCUCUGAGCUUGGAGCGUCUUGAACUUUAUUUGCGACGGCAUGAACAUUCAUGUGACAACAGUUAUUAAACCACAAUCGGCUGGGAAACCUGUCAUUUUUAAAGAGAUUAAAUGAAAAUGUGCUGUGGUUUUAUGCUUACAUAAUUGAAUGCUCAUCAUAAAUUUGGCGUCUGUUUGUUUCUUAAUAUGUUAGUUUUAUCAUUUUUUACUAGUUAUUUAUUUACUAUACUUUUACUAGUAAAUGUAAAAAUCGGACAAUUUAGCUUUUUCCAGAAAAUAUUAAGUAAAGAAAACAGAAAAACCUAAGACCAGAAAGAUUUUUGGUGAAUAUCUUGUGUUUGAAAAGUGACCA